AGAGGCGGCGCGCUUUGCUAAUCAUAAACAUGACGAUCACGCUGCUGGACGGCUAUAAAAGCUGCUCGAACACAGAGACGGACUUUAACAUCGCUCACAGCUGUGCACUUCAUGACCGUAAAGCUAUAAGAGCAUUAAUUACCUCAAUGAGCCGGCUUUUAUGGCUUUAUCUCGCGUAAAUGAUAGUUUGUUCAGCUGUUGAGACGGUCUCUCUCGCGUUUGGAGCUCGCCGCGCUUUCCAGAAGAAAUCACUUUAUUUAUUUCCUUCAGAACUUCUGCGUUUAUUUUGAAGUGUGAGAAAUAAGGAUGGUGUCUCAAACGACAGUAUCGAUCGUGUUUUUAGUUCUGGGAGGCAUGGCGUUGUUGUUCGGGACUGUCCUGGUGUUUGUGGGACCGAUCAUAAUUGAUGAUCAAAUAGUGAAGAAUGUGGAGAUCAAUCCCAAAAACGAUCUCUCCUACACCAUGUGGAAGGACAUCCCGGUUCCUUUCUUCAUGUCUGUUUAUUUUUUCCACAUCGUCAAUCCUGAUGAGAUCCUGAAAGGAGAAAGGCCCAUGGUGAUCCAGAGAGGGCCGUACGUGUACCGAGAAAAUCGCUGGAAGGACAACAUCACGUUUCAUGAAAACCACACGGUGUCAUAUAAGGAGUAUCGUCAGUAUUUCUUUGAGGAGAGCAUGUCUGUGGGCGACGAGUCUGAUGUGGUCACCAUCCCUAAUAUGCUGGUGCUGGGAGCAUCAGUGAUGAUGGAGAACAUGCCGUUUCCCGUCCGCCUUCUGCUCAGCACCACCUUCAAGACCUUUAACGAGGGUCCGUUCCUGACCAAACCAGUAGGAGAGCUGAUGUGGGGCUAUGACAGCAAACUAGUGGACUUCCUCAACAAAUACCUGCCCGGCAUGCUCCCGUCCAGCGGCAAAUUCGGCUUAUUUGCUGAUUUUAAUAACUCCAACACGGGGCUGUUCACCAUCUUCACCGGCCGAGACGACAUCCGCAAGGUGCACAUGGUGGACUCCUGGAACGGCCUCAAAAAUGUGGACUACUGGAGGUCUGAUCAGUGUAAUAUGAUCAACGGCACAGCGGGUCAGAUGUGGCCUCCUUUUAUGACCAAAGAGACCACCAUGCCCUUCUACAGCCCAGACGCCUGCCGGUCGAUGGAGCUGGUGUAUCAGCGGCCGCUGGUGUCCAGUGGGAUUCCUGUUUACCGAUACGUCUCUCCGAAAACUCUGUUUGCAAACGGGGCAGACUUUCCUCCAAAUGAAGGAUUCUGUCCGUGCAGGCAGUCGGGCCUGCUGAACGUCAGCUCCUGCAGACACGGUUCUCCAACAUUCAUCUCUCAGCCGCACUUUUAUAACGCUGACCCGCAGCUGCUGGACACAGUCAGUGGAUUGAGCCCAAGUGAAGAUGAACAUGGCCUUUUUAUUGAUAUCCACCCGGAGACUGGUGUGCCGGUGAACGUCUCUGUUCGGUUGCAGCUCAACCUUUUCUUAAAGAAAGUUUCGGGAAUCUCAGAAACAGGGAAUAUAGCGGAGGUGGUGAUGCCCAUGCUGUGGUUUGAAGAGAGCGGCUACAUCGACGGACCCGUCCUGCACACGUUUCGCACCAAUCUGGUGGUUCUGCCAAAGGUCAUGGAGUACAUGCAGUACAUCUUCAUCGCUCUCGGCCUCGCUGCCAUCCUGACUGCUGUCAUAUUAUUCCUCACCGAUAAGAAAGUCUGGAAAAAGUCUUCACAAACUCUCACACAAGCGGUCAGCACCAGAGUUUAUGACAACGUAAACCAUUCAAAACAGCAUCCGGCCAAUGAGACGCAGGCUGAGAAAUAUAACCAGAGCAACACAGGUAAAAAGUAAAACGAGUGGUUCGUCCAGCACAGAUGUGGAUCCAUCCAGCACAACCAGUGAAAAAGCCCCAUUACUACAGUCACCAACCAGCUGAACCAUCAUCCACAUUCACAAUAUUUAAAAGUUCCACAAAUAAAGCUUAUUUUAUUAUAACAAGCUGUGGAUGAUUGGACUGGAUCCAGUACAGAUGAUGCAUUAUGAACUCUUGUGUGUGUUUUUGUACAGCGGUUGGGUUCUCCAUGGAGUUUGCAUUACAUUUAGCAUUGAAAAACUGAGCAUCUGUGUUAUGGUCUGGGUUAGUUAAAUAUUUUUAUUUUGAAAAUACUUGAAUAUACAAGAUUGUGAAAUGGUGCACACUAAAAUUAAACAACACUGUCUAAACACUCUAAUUUCCUACCAGGAAAAAAACUAUUCAAAGUUAUCCUUUGGUAACCUUUAAUCUAUUGUAAAAAAAGGAAGUGCCUUGAACAUUUUCUGACAAUAUCGUGCCAUUAUUAACUUAAAUAUGCUGUCACAGCAGAUAAACAUGCUGAGCAUGCAUAUUUCCCAAUACUUUGAAUACAUGUGUUGAUAAUCAGUUUUUAAAGGUUCUCAGAGGAUGUAAAAUAUUGUUAAAUGUCCAUGUGUUUGCGUUUUUCUGGCUGUUAUAUAAAAUGAAAUAUUUUUUUUUUUUUUUUGUAUUUGAGGUUUAUAGUUUCAGAUGUUGUAAAAACUUUGGACAAAGGACAAAAAAAAGCAUGAGCCAUAUGAGCCGAAAUGUUUAACACCUUAUAAAUGGCGCUUUUAAUUGUGUAUCAAGAGAUUAUGACUGUUUUUACUAAACAUGUAAUUGUGGACUGAAUAAAUUGCGUUUCACAUCAAAAUCAGAUAUAAAUGUGGAACAAAAUAAGCACAA